GCAGCGCUGCUUCUGAGUACGUAAAAAACAAAACCUUAAGUCCGUGGACAUUGGGUUGUUCACACGAUGUUCACUGCUCAUUUCAAUAUACUAUUGCUUAAAAAUGUAUGUCUUUGGAAAUAAUCGUAGUUGGAUAUUUAUUUAUUUUGGAUGUAUAAUACUUUUUUGGCUAACCAACGCAAAAGAAGUGACAUUGUAUGACAGUAGCAAGUACUCAACGCUAGACUGGACAAUCUACCCAGAAGCAGAUGACAUAGCUACUUAUGAAGGGUGGACGGAAACUGGUGCUAGCUAUGCUCGUAAAUUCCAAGUUUGUCAAGUACGGGAACGCAAUCAAAACAAUUGGAUCCGUUUACCGCACAUCAAACAUAACAACGCAAACUUAAUUAUUGUAGAUUUAGAAUUUACCAUGUACUCGUGUGAACAGGCAUCUGGCAUUGUCUCCUGCCGGGAAACAUUUGAUCUAUACUAUGCUGAUGUGAAUGGUUCAAUCGAAAGCAUACUACCUUUUACCGCGCCUCCUUAUACAAAAAUUUCACGUAUUGCAGCGGACGGACGGUUUUCAGAUCCAAGCGCGGAUAACGAAGUGGUUAAUAAGGUAACUGAACGCUUUGGACCUAUCCGAAGCAAUGGUUUUUAUCUUGCAAUGCAAGACCAAGGGGCAUGUAUGGCUCUGCUGCGUACACGUAUAUACUAUCGGGUCUGUCCAAAGAUCAUGAUGAACCUGGCUAACUUCCCAGAAACAGUUACUGGUGAUUAUGUUACAUCGUUGGUUGAAGCUCGUGGUGCAUGUGUACCUAACUCUAAGAAAGUUGGCGUUGAGGAUCCUACCUACCAGUGCCAAAGUGAUGGUACGUGGACUGUACUCCAAGGCGAGUGCCUAUGCUCUGAAGGUUAUUUUCAGACGGAGAACCUUGCAGCAUGUGAAGAUGGUCAGUAUGCUGAAGCCUCUCCUUCCUGCUUCCAAUUUAUAGCCCAAAACUACAACUUUUGAAUGGAUGUUUUUGAUGAAUCAGUUUAAAAAGUUAUGGAAACCUUGUGUUAGCAUUGGAGGCCCUCAACUGUAACAACUACCGGGUACUUGGUAUUUAUUUGACAAUAUGGCGGUAUUAGGUUGCUCUGUAUAAUCCGUGUAGCUGGUACCGUGAUAUAGCAAUAAAGCUACUCUUUGAUCUUUCUCCAAUUGUGACCAUGUGAUAAAGGAAGUUAUGUGCUGUACAUAGGGCUAUUAAACAACUAGAGUGCUGACAAGGCGACGAAGCAAUAGAGUACCACAGUCGUGUCGUCACAUCAGG